AUGAAUUCCUUAUGCCUCACCCCCCUGGAGCAGUGGUAUAAAAGAAGCCACAGCUCUGAUUCCCUUCAGCGUCUGUCCUGCUCUGAGCUUCUGCUGAGGAAGAAAGGCAACUCCAACAGGAUGCAGAUUCUGCUGCUCGCUCUUGCUGUCGGUCUGGCUUCUGCCCAGAACAAUUCUAGAGUGGGGUAUGCGAGUAUCGAUGGUGACUGGCGCAGCCAUUCCAUAGCUGCUGAUAAAGUGGAGAAGAUCGAAGACGGUGGGGAACUGAGAGUCUAUUUCCGCCAACUGCAGUGUCAAGAUGGAUGCAAAAAUAUCUCCAUCAAGUUUUAUGUCAAGAAGGACGGGAUGUUCCAGGAGUUCACUGUCGUGGGAGUAAAAGAUGAAGCAAGAGGUGUUUACGUCGCCGAAUACUCAGGUAAAAACUACUUCUCCGUUGUGUAUAACACAGAAAAGGUCAUAAUAUUUCACAACAUAAACGUGGAUGAAGCAGGCAUAACAACGAAUGUGAUUUUAGCCACUGGAAAGAGAGACAGUCUGACGGUGGAAGAACAGCAGAAGUUUGCCAAGGUGGUUCAGGAUUAUGGAAUUCCGGAACAAAACAUAAGACCUGUCAUCCUAACAGACACCUGCCCGGAAUAA